AUGCUCCUCCUCCUUGUGGCGUCCACAAUCAUUUCUUUGAUUGGCCCGUUUGCUAUCGCUUCGGUAGCUGGCUCAAUGCAAAUAGAGUAUAGUAGACAUCCACCACCGGGAUGGAAACUCUCCCGUCCCGCAGACCCGAAUCAUCGAUUCAGCAUAUCCAUCGCAGCCGAUAGAAGCGGUCACGUAGAGCGGGCCCUCUACAGCGUCUCAACUCCGGGACAUGAACUUUACGGCAAGCACCUCUCUCGAGAGGAGGCACAAGCCCUCCUUAAUCCCGAUACAGAGUUGCGAGACGUCAUUAUAAACUGGCUUCAAGAACAUGGGAAUGCCACAGCAGCAGACAUAGCGAGCGACAGUCACUGGAUCAGCGUGCAGACAACGGUGAAGAAGGCGAACAGUCUACUCGAUGCAGACUUUGGAUGGUUUCGAAACGUUGACAGUGGCAAGGAGGUGCUACGGACGUUGAAGUAUUCUUUACCAUUGGAGUUGAAAAGCAAGAUCUCGUUGAUAACACCAUCCACGAGGUUCUGUUCUCAUCCGAUGAUGCACCAAGGACCGGCAUUGGCGGGACCUCUUGCUGGCGACGCACCAAACGACGAGCUUCGGAAGGUGAAGAGGACGUUGACCGGCCUGAACCCGAAGCUUCUUUAUACGGCACAGGUAGACAGGAUUACUCCACCCGCCUCGCAAGCACAAGUCGAUCCUACGUGCAACAGGACCAUCACACCCAACUGCAUACGAGCACUGUACAAUGUGCCCUCCAAGAUGAACGUGAGCGCGGCUCGCGGACUUGGAAUCUACGCAUCGCAGAAUCAGGUAGCCAAAUUUGACGACUUCGCCUUGUUCGCCAAGAACGUCGAUCAACCGUCAACAGGCGUUAAGUUUUCUUUUCUGAGUAUAAAUAAUGGCACGACCGACCAGGGCCAGAACAAGUUUUCAAAUGCCGAGCUUAAUUUCGACGUUCAGUACACUGCAUCACUUUCCAAUCCGGUACCCAAUAUCGUCACCGCAGUUGCUGGAGACGGACCCAUCAAGCUCGAAUUAGGUGGCCAGCCCGGGGACACGACGGAACCCUGGCUGAUCUGGCUAGACGCGAUGCUCAAACUGCCCGACGACAAGCUUCCUCACACAAUUACCACCAGUUUUGGCGAGAACGAACAGUCCCUCCCGGAUGGCUAUGUUCAGCAGAUUUGCGACCAGUUCGGUGCUCUCGGAGCUAGAGGCGUUACGAUGUUCGCCGCGUCGGGAGACUCUGGGCCGGGUAACACGUGUGUCACCAACGAUGGUACUAAUAGCACGCGGUUCAACGCCGUGUUCCCUGCGUCGUGCCCUUUCGUUACAGGUGUUGGAGGGGUGAGGGGAAUCGCGCCUGAGCGGGCCAGCGAUUUUUCGAGUGGUGGGUUCUCGGACAAGUUUGCCAGACCGGCAUAUCAAGAGCAAGUUGUGCCAGCGUAUCUCAAGAACACCAUUGGAACCCAGUUCAACGGUCUCUUCAACCCGUCAGGCCGAGGCUUCCCAGACGUCAGUGCCCAGAGCUUCAACCUCAGCUUCGUAACGGGUGGCCAGCUAGGCGGCUUCCAAGGUACCAGUGCCGCCGCUCCUAUCUGGGCAGGCAUGGUGGGCAUGGUCAACGCCGCUCUCAUUCAGGCGGGAAAGCCACCAAUGGGAUUCAUCAAUCCAUGGCUGUAUGGCGCUGGGUUGCAAGCCAUGAACGACGUCUCUGCUGGACAGUCCGUGGGCUGCACUGGCACAACUGGAUUUGGCACGCAGAAAUUCCCGCCCGAGUUCGGAGCCAAGCUCGUGCCGAACGCGAGUUGGCCCUCAGUGGCUGGCUGGGACGCUGUCACUGGCUUGGGGAGCCCGGAUAUUGGCAAAAUUUUGGCGCUGAGAAUGGCGAUGUGA